ACGAAACUUAACGAUCUAUGCUUAACGAUACUUAACCUUAAAGUUUGUCCUAAAAAUAUCAGUAAUAGUCAAAAUAAAUUGCUAUAUUAUUAUGGCACGGAAUGCAGAAAAAGCGAUGACAACAUUAGCACGUUGGCGUGCCGCACAAUUAGGCGAAAAUGAAAAACACAAAGUGAAGAGGAGACCUUAUCUUGCAUCAGAAUGCAAAAGUUUAUAUGCAUGUGAAAAAUGGAGAAUGCAAGUGAUAAGAGAAAUAGCGAAGAAAGUGGCUCAGAUUCAAAAUGCAGGUUUGGGUGAAUUUCGAAUAAGAGACCUCAAUGACGAAAUUAACAAACUGUUGCGAGAAAAGCGUCAUUGGGAAGCUCAAAUAAAGGAACUUGGAGGUCCUGAUUAUGCUGAAAUUGGGCCAAAAAUGCUAGAUCAUGAAGGAAAAGAAGUUCCAGGAAACAGAGGUUAUAAGUACUUUGGGGCUGCAAAAGAUUUACCGGGUGUACGUGAACUUUUUGAACAAGAACCACCUCUGCCUCCUAGAAAAACAAGAGCUGAACUUAUGAAAGAUAUAGAUGCAGACUAUUAUGGCUACAGAGACGACGAUGAUGGUAUUUUAGUGCCCCUGGAGUUUUUUACUGAAAAAGCAUCAAUUACAAAGGCAGUAGAAGAAUGGAAGAAAAAACGAGAACAAACGAAUUCAGAUGAUUCCCAACAAGAAAAAAACAUUUAUAUUGUGGAGGAGGAGGAGGAAGAUAAUGAGUUUACUACUGGCCAAGAUCACAAAAUAGAGAUUACGGGAAUCCAACAAAGGUUUGUUGCCCACGUUCCAGUUCCAAGUCAGCAGGAUGUAGAGCAAGCCUUAUUAAAAAAACGAAAACGAGAGCUUCUCGACAAAUAUACCAAAUAAGGAACUUCACUUUAUUCUACUUGUACGAUUCCCCGACAUAUCAGGGAUUUGGGUCAACAUCGCAAAGAAACCAUCCGUGACAUCCGAUUUCUCCGAUAAUCUGUUAUUGGAACUCAACUGGGAGUACAUUUGUAGUGUUGUAUUUACUAUUUCACUUAAUAAACGCUUCAUCGAG